AUAUAAAAUACGGUAAAUGCAAGCCCGCUUUCCCUUUCUUUUUUUUAACGCGAAAUGGAAUGUUUAUUACGCCAUAACAAAAAAGACGAAUGCACCAGCAGCAACGUCAGCAACGCCUAUGCUAUGCGCGUUUCCACAUACAGUUGCAAGAUAACGCGAUACUAGCGGCAGAAAUUUCGAUUUGACCAAUUAGUGUUAUCAUAGAAUGACCUCGGAGAAUGCUGUCAUGAGCAACCUCAAGGUAGAUCUGUCCGUGCCUUUUCCGAGCUCUAGGGAAGCAGAGGUCGCAUACCAAGUACUGCGAGUUGAUAAGGAGCCGUCGAGAGGCGGAGUCACCAAGAAACUCGCAUUAAACAAUAACCUAUUAGAAGUGUCAUUUAGCGGUAACGAGGCACGGAAAGUGCGCGUAGGACUUACGUCGUUCUUCAAUAGCUUGCAGCUAGUCAUCGAGACCAUUCGUCAGUUUGGUCCGCCUGAACCGACGUACAAUCAUCACUGAAACUGACGCACAUUUUUCGAUUAUAUUUUACUAAUGUUGUAAAUAUGCGAUAAACGUUAUGGAGCAC